GGGGGCGCGCCGCCCUUCCCAGCCUCCUGCCGCAGGCCUGACGCUCCCCGCAGCCCAAAGCCCCGGAAGGACGCGGGGCGCAUGCGCAGCAAGGGGCCGGGGCGGGCCGGGGCAUGCGGGCGCCCAGGCACACGAUGGCUCCCCUCCCUGGUGCAGAACUAGUCAAGAGGCCCCUGCAGCUGUAUCGCUACCUGCUCCGUUGCUGCAAGGAAUUGCCCGGGGAGAACGUCCGAGAGCACUACAGGCACGCCAUCAGGCAGAGCUUCAAUGUUCAUGCAGAUGAAGACAAUCCUGAGAGAAUCCAGCAGAUUAUCAAGAGAGCCAUUGAAGAUGCAGACUGGGUGAUGGAGAAACCUGAUGCUCACCUGGCCGUCGGAGAUGCUGUGCACCUGGUUCGUGCAUCAGACCGGCUCCUGCAAGUGCUUUCUGUCAUAGCUGUGGCCUGGCGGUUGCUGAGCAGCCAAACGAGCACUGCAUCUCCUCUCGUGCAAGUCACUGUGCAGCUUUCUCUGUAUAAAAAAGAGAAGUAGAGGAAGUGAUGGGCAAGAAGUCAUCUGAUGAAGACUAGAGGAUGCUGCACUGCAGACUGAAGGGAACAGUCGUCUCCCGGCUUCAGCCAGCUGGCCAUCCAGGGGUGGGCAGGAGGCCUCUUGCAA